CAGAUGACGGAUGAAUGAAAGUGAAUGAUGAGUUGAGUUUAGCAGGUGACAAAUGAAGCUCUACCCUAAUUCAAAUCGGAUUCAUUGACAUCUCUAAUCCCUCAUACCCUCUAAAAAAUGGACACUUUUUUGGAGCUACCUACUUGGGAAUAUAAGUAGAUCAUUCUAGUUGUUUACAAAACCAAAACCAAAACCAUACGUCCAUAUUUCCAAAAAUCCAGUGACCUAACUACUAUCCUCCACAAUAGCAAAACUUACCAAGUGAAGAUGCUACGUUUCGUCCGAGUAAUUGGCUUCUCUUCAUUGGCAUCUUCUAAAAAAUUAGUUGAACCAUCAAAAAUAUACAACCCAACUUUUCCCAACUACAACCCAUAUCACUUCAUCAGUAGUAAGAACAGUUUGAGAUCCUUGUGUAAUUUCGUCACACCAAUAAAUUGUGCACAUAAUGGUGAAGAAGUUUUGGGUCAACAAGAAGAGUUAAUUAUUCCUAAACAUGUGGCUAUAGUCUUGGAUGGAUCUAGAAGAUGGCAUAAAAACCAUGGCCUAGAUCUUGAUUAUAAGCCUUUCUUUCAGGCUUGCAUGAGGUUUUUCGAGUGUUGUCUCAAAUGGAAAGUUAGUAGUGCCACACUCUAUGCGUAUGGUCUUAGAAAUUUUAAGAUGCGAUCUAAGGAAGAAGUUGAUUUGUUUCUAAAUCAGUUAGAAACAUUUUUAGAGGAAGAAUUGGAAUAUUUUACGAGACAAGGAGUAAGAGUGUUGGCGGUAGGAGAAAAGUACAUGUUAUCUGAAUCACUUCAAGCCACAAUAAAGAAUGUGGAGGAAGCAACAAAAGACAAUGCAAAACUUGAUUUAGUCCUUCCAACAUGCUACACUUCACAAAGCGACAUAGUUCAAGCAACAAGAAAAAUUUGCCACAAAGUAAAGGAAGGAAGUAUUACAAUAGAAGAUGUUGAUGAAGAUUUGAUUCAACAACAUCUUGCCGUCCUUGGCUCUCGACCUAUUCCAGACCUAUUUAUACGAACAGGCGGCCAACUUCGCGUAGGCAUGUUGUUGGGGUGGCAAAUUGCCGAUGUUCAUCUACAUAUUACCAACACUUGUGCACCUGACUUCGGGGAAGAUGUGUUCCUCGACGCUUUGCGUUCCUAUCAGCAAAGACAUACAAUGUUUGGUAGGUAAAGUUAGAAGCUAAGCUACUAUGUUUUAUUUUUUACCUUAAUCUUGUCAAAGAAAUUAAAAAUUCCAAUUAAGGUGUUUGGUGUGAAAAUAGUAUGGUAGAGGGGGUGUACCAUGUGCAUGGUACACCCGGAAGUACAUUACAUAUAAAUAAAAGAACAUUAGGACAAAUUUAAUAAUGUUCUUUUAUUUAUAUCUAAUGUUCAUUUUUUAUGAAGCCUCAUUUAUAUGUAAUGUUUAUUAUUUUAUGUACUCUAUGUUCGUUUAUAAUGUAUAAUAAAUUAUUAUAA